UACUUAACUGUUGAAUUUAAAAUGGCUUACGGAUCCCAAACCCAGAAAAUCGCAAAACGUAGGAAGCUUUUCGUCGCAAGUUUUCCGUAUGAUGGAUCUCGUACUGUAAGGCAGUUAGCUCUUAUGUCCUGUUGCAGCCGUGUCCCCGAGAGUCAGCCUGUGUACCGUCCAGGUCGCGCCUGCAGAGGGUCAGCACGCUACACGGAAUGCAAGAACAUCUGGUUGUGGAGGAGUGCGGCUGUAGGCAUAAGCCGAACCAUUGCUUCAGGCAGGCGCACACUCUGCGGCUGUACCCUGGCACUCCCUACGAGACGCACCUCGACGUCGGCGCCUGUUCAGGACAUUGCGAGUCAGAGAUGGGGUGCAGGCCCGUUAGGAACAAGAGCGUGAGUAUUCCAGGGCCCAAUGGGGUGCAGUGUCAUUCUGUGAUCGAGGAAUGCUCCUGUGCUGGGGGCUGCUUCCGGAUGGCCUCCAUGGAAACAGUCUACGACUACACAGAUAUUCCAGAUAACGACACGGGGUCCUCCCCUGCUAUCAAGGAAGUUGAUGUUGGUCGGUGUACGGGGUCAUGCCCUGGGGCACAGAUACAAAAGUGUCUGUAUAGGGAUCAUGCAGACCCCAGUAAAUGCCUAUCAGGACUCUAUGGCAAGCAGUCUUUAUGCACCCCAUCACAUCAUAAAGUACACCGCUAUACCACUAAGGAUCGUCAGAUUAAGGAAAUAAUCUCCAUCACAGACUGCAAAUGCAUCUGACAACCAGAUGGCGAGAACAAGUACUCCGAACGGAAUAGACACGACUUAAUUUAUUUCAAAUUCCAGAAGUAUGUUUUAUGACUCAAAAUCAAUAUAGUUCUGACAAUUACUAGAUUAUUAUAUAAGGAUAAUACUCAGGUGUGACAGAGAUUCUAUGAGCUAAAAAUUUAGAAAUUUAUUGUAUAAAAUCAUCAUCAAUUUGCAUAAGACAGAUAUUUUCUGUACUCAGAAAAAUAGACUUCCGUGUCAGCCAUGAUAGCUGUGAUAUGCUUAUUCAAAAUUCAUGAAAUAGCAAAUUUUAUAAUACUUCUGAAAUUAUGUAAAUUAAUUGUAACUCGUUCAGGUUUUUGGUUUCACAGCCAUCAGAAAUAAAGGCCAUGGAGGGGCAGUUACCCACUCCCAAUAGUAUGCCCACCAUUAUACUAAUACACUUAAGUAGUACAGAGUGGAUAAACAUACAAUGGCUAUAUGUGUGUAAAUUAAUCUUAGAACUUUUAUUAGCCCAUUGGCUUAACCUGAUGUUUGCAGGAUGUCUUCUUGGUCAGGUAACUUCACCUGUUUUGACACAUAUGACAUAUGAGGAGGACAAAUUUGAAGUAGCUCCUUACAUGAUAAGAUGUAGUUUACAUAUACUGAAGUCCUGUAAUAACUUUCAGACAUUUAUUCUGAGGUCUUAGAAUUUGUUCUGAGUAGGUAUUCUAAAUUGAAAAAAUGAAGCAGUGUAUGCUUUCAUUAAUAUAAAAAAAAUACCUGCUGUCACACAUACAAAAAAAUUCUAGAGAUUGAACUGAGACAAAAACUUAACAUUACUUAAUAUUGAGGAUUGAAUGUAUAAUGAAUGUAUAACGGAUGGGCCUUCUUGACCCUUGCACCGCGACCUACAGUGGUCUAUUGUGCUUAAUAGUGAGGAUUAGUACAAAUUGGAAAUUCAGUCAGUAAAAGAGUUAUAAAAUGGUCUAUUGAAUUUUUUACAAAAAACAUACAUUGUGUAGGUCAUAAAAUAAAACAUUAUAGUUCUUCAACAUAUUGUUAAUUGUGUGGAGAAUUUACCAGGUCUAUCAUUUUUUAUUAAUGUAAACUGGAUUUAAGGUUCUCGUAAUGACAAAGGAGGGUGGUAAUCUGGGCUUUGGUGUCAUGUAGUCUGGAGAAGGCCCGAUGUUUUGGAGUAAAAUAUCACCUCCACAAUCAUGACCAAAGAGAAGGCCAAGCAAGAAAUCAGAAAACUGUGGAUGUCAACCUAAGUUCUGCUCUUUAGCCCUGAAGAUGGAGGUGGUAUGUCCCUCCAAAUCAUUGAGUUUUUUCUAACUACAUGCCAUUGCGACCCACAUGACUGUACUCUCAAAAUCAUAACUUGCUCAUAAAUUGGAAUGACGGUACAAAUGUUAUCAAUAUAUGCAUAUUUGUAACUAAAGAAAAUAAUGACAUUAGGCAGAAUUCUUUUUAAUGAAAUAUUGAAAAAUGUGACUCAACAGCUGUGUUCAAAUAUUGAGGGGGCUAUGAUUCCGUUCAUAAGAAUUAUCAAUUAACAUGUAUCCAAAAACAUAACCUCUUUUAAGUGGUUCACUGUUUAAUGAUACUGAAAACAAAACAUCCCUCUGCCUCUCAUAUGCAACAAUUAA